AUGCACGGUGCUUUGCAUGUGAAGUCUGGAAGUCAGCCUGAGGAAAAUAAGGUUGCUGGCCUCAGGCUACAUGUGGGGCUGACCCCCAACAUCUUGCAAGGAGAAAUGUCGGGCCUUUCUCUUUCAGCCGAGCUUCCUAGUAUAAGCCAAGACCUAGCCGAGCUACCAGAUGCCUCUGAUUUCUCAUUGUGCCGAGCUGAUGACGCCAGCUCCUUGGGCUCUGACUCUGAGUUGAAUGGGAUGGCUCCCUAUCGCCAGAUUGAUCGCUAUGGUUUUAUUGGGCGCAGUGAACUUAACAACAGUUUAGGUCAACUUCCAGUUGAGCUUAUCCGGCAUCGGGAGACCAAGUGGUUGGAGAUGAUGGCUCAUUGGGAGAAAACCAUGGCCCGCCACUACAGAAAGGUGAAAUUGCUUUGCCGGAAGGGGAUCCCUUCAUCUGUACGUGCCCGCUGUUGGCCUCAGCUGUGUGGGGGACAGGCAAAAACAAAGAAGAACCCCCAAAAGUAUCAGGAAUUGCAGGAGGCACCUGGUGAUCCUCAAUGGAUAGAGACCAUUAGAAGGGACAUUCAUCGCCAAUUCCCUUUCCACGAGAUGUUCCUGUCACCUGAAGGUCCUGGGCAGCAAGGGCUACUGCAGUUGCUGAAGGCCUACACAAUAUAUCGGCCCCAAGAGGGCUACUGUCAGGCCCAGGGUCCACUGGGCGCCCUGCUCCUCAUGCACAUGCCUCCAGAGCCAGCCUUCUGGUGCCUGGUGCAGAUCUGCGAGCACUACCUGCCUGGCUACUACAGCCCCAAGAUGGAGGCACUGCUGCUGGACAGUGAGGUGUUUGUUGCCCUUCUUCACCGUGUGUGCCCCAAAGCACUUAAGCACUUGCAAAAGCAUGGUGUGGGGCCUUUGCUCUACAUGCCGGAGUGGUUUCUAUGCCUCUUCACUCGCACUCUUCCCUUCCCCACAGUACUGAGGGUCUGGGAUGCCUUUCUGAGCGAAGGAGUCAAAGUACUCUUCCGUGUAGGGCUGUUGUUGGUCCGCUUGGCUCUAGGGACCUCUGAGAAAAGACGUGGUUGUUCUGGAUUAGUAGAGACCCUGGAGAAGCUCCGCAGUAUCCCAGCUCAUCUCUUGCAAGAAGACACAUUCAUGGCAGAGGUCCAUGCUGUCCCCGUUUCGGACCGUGACCUGGAGCGUGAAUGUCGAGUUCAGCUGACCAAGCUGCGGACCACUAAGCCUGAAUUCCAGUACAAUCCAAAAAAUCGGAUAGCUGGUGCAAAGGCCAUCUUUGACGCUCAGCAGCUGGAGGAUACGCAGAUGGGCAAGGAGGCUCAUGGAAGCUACACUCAUGCUUUUCUCAUCCCCCAGAUCAAGGUAGAGCCACCCCCUUCGCCUCCAAGGGAGCAGAGGGACCCAGAGAAGGCCUCUGAAGUGCAAGGUCGGAAGAGACUGCAGGUCAGGAAGAAACCAGACACUCGUGGAAAGACCUUCCAUUUUACACAGAAGCCUACUGGCCAAACAAGAGAGGAAAGGCCAGAGCCAGGCACUGGGAAGAUAAAGUCUUCCUCCUACCUGGAGACAUGGUUCUGA